AAAAAAAGAACCAUGUUGUCACUGAAUUUGCGACUCGGCCGGGGAUUUGUUAAUUACGGAGUUUGCCGCCAGAGCUUGAGAAACUUUGCAGCCGCUGGCGAUAAGAACAACAAUGGUUCCGAUAAUGCCAGCGAUGUGGAUGAGCGACACCCUUUGCAUGGUAUCCGGAUUUUGGACUUGUCGCGCAUCAUCGCCGGUCCCUAUUGCACCAUGGUUCUAGCGGAUCUCGGGGCGGAGGUCAUCAAGGUGGAGCGUCCGCAUUUUGGCGACGAGGCGCGGAAAUGGGGACCACCCUUUCUGGAGAAGAGCAAAGAUGCCGCCUAUUUCCUGGCCCCCAAUCGCAACAAGCGGAGCAUCUGCAUCGAUAUCAAGCGGGGCACUGGACUCCUCCAUCGGCUGGCCGAGAUUAGCGAUGUGCUGGUGGAGAACUAUGUGCCGGGAACACUGGAUCGCUAUGGCCUGGGCUACGAGCAGUUGCGAAAGGUGAAUCCCAAGCUGAUCUAUUGCUCUUUAACGGGCUAUGGAUCCGUGGGUCCGUAUGCCAAGCGGCCGGGCUACGAUGUGAUUGCCUCCUCGGUGGGCGGACUGAUGCACAUCACCGGGGAGCGGGAGGGACCGCCCAGCAAGGUGGGCGUGGCCGUGACGGACAUGUCCACGGGGCUCUAUGCCCAUGGAGCUAUCCUAGCAGCCCUCUUUCAGAGAACCCGCACUCAACGCGGGCAGAAGAUCGACGUGGACCUGCUAUCCACCUGCUGCUCUUUGUUGCUCAACGUGGGCAGUAACUACUUGAAUUCGGGGGUGGAAGCGGGCAGGAUGGGCACCGCCCACUCGAGCAUAGUUCCGUAUCAGAGCUUCAAGACAAAGGAUGGCUAUCUCACCCUGGGCACUGGAAGUGAUGUUCAGUUUGAGGAUCUGUGUCGUCGUUUGAAAGUGGAACAUUUGCCGCAGGAUCCAAAGUUUAGGACCAACAAAGAUCGUGUGGAAAAUCGAAAGGAGCUGCUGAGUAUUUUGGAGGAAAUGCUAGCCGAGGACACCUCGCGCAAUUGGAUGAAGCUCUUCGAAGGCGCCUCCUUUCCCGUGGGACCAGUGAACUCCAUUCCCGAGGUCUUCGAGGAUGAACACAUUAAGGCCAUUGGUUUGGUCAAGAGCCUGCGCCAUCCGAAAGACGGAACCGUCAAGGUGGUGGGUCCUCCGGUGGUUUUUAGCGAAGCGAGGAAUGAUGCCCGCACAGCUCCUCCGAUUCUGGGUCAGCAUACUGAUGAAGUGCUAAGCGAACUGUUGGGUUAUGGACAGGAGGAGCUGGACAAGCUGAAGAAGGAUAACAUUAUUCAGUGA